AUGUGGAAAUUCGUCGUGAUUGCGCAUCUUAUUAUGGGCGUUGGCGCCAAUCCACCCGUGGUUAAAAAGAACCGAAUUGUGAAUUUUCGGAACCACGAAGUUCCGAAAGAUGGAACAGUAAUCAUCAAUCUAGCCGAACUAUCCAUGCAGAAUGCUGUCGAGAUUAUAUGCCCAAAGGAAAAGGGGGGCCACAGCUACGACAUGCUGCCGAACAGGAGGGAGAGCAUUGGGAGUGGCGGUAUUCAUGUUUACGCGACGGUGAAUGGAGUUUACAAGAAGGUGCACAUUGACGACGUGGUGCGGUUUGGGUCGGCCGAAAACCAGCCUAAGCUGGAGCAGCGAUUUGGGAUGACGCGGCUGCUGCUGAACCAGGGCAGGAGCACGGACGUUGUGAGGUACGCGUUUGAGAGCUUCGACGUGCACUGCGCGCCGGCGGGCAACGAGGAGGGCGUGAGCGAGGCGUUGCGCUCGUGCUUGACGUCAAUGUCGAUGUCGGAGCAGGAGGGCGAGAGAACAAGCUGCCCCUCCGGCGAGAGCGGGGAGCGGAGUGCGCCACUGUUGGGCAUAGUGCGGGUGACGCUGAGCAGCGUGCGGCGAGCAUACACUGGCUGCGGCAGUUCGAGUGUACCCUUCAUAAUGGACGCUUCGGGCGGAGUGUCGAGUGAGCGGUCGUGCAUCGUGGACGUGAUGGAGACUCCCGACGUCGGCUUCUACUGCAAGGGCAGGAUAGAGCCUGCCAACUGCCCACUCUCGCUGUACUACGGCUACACUGAUCGGAUAGCUACGCUGCCCUUCAAGGUCGAGGUGAGCUCCGAGGAACGCGAAGGCGGCACCGUGCUUAUCAUGCGCUACGACCGUCUCAGCAUCUCGUCCACCUUCUCCGGGUACUGCCGAUGCGUGGACGUGUCGACGAAGCAGGCGACCGCGAAAAUCGAAAUAAGGAGCCGAAAGAACUACGUCUGCGAUCUCGGUCAGAAGCUGGCGCAGCACGUGUCGAGGCCCAUUGUCGGCGACUGGUGCGACGUGAUGCUGUACCCCGGCAGCUCGCUGGAAAUCCUCUUCCCGGUGUAUCCCGUGGAGCUGCUGCGCCCAGUCAGCGUGGCUCUCCUCGGAGGCUGGGAUAUCUCGGGGCGGAUCUCCACCUUCAUCCCGGAGAGACCGGAUGCGGAGGCGCUCACGCGCACAGUGGAGGACAACAGGCUGGUGUACAGCACGGUGCGACUCGGGUCGGUAGUGGACACCGAGUUGGUGAAAGUCGACAGCGUGUUGCAGUCUGACGGAGUGGUGUCCAUACAGCACAAGGUGUCGCAGUCGGAGGCGGGAGCCGCUGGCAGAGAUCCUGUAUCGCUCUACUUCCGCUGUCUGCACAGGGGCGCCAGGCCCGAGAGGAAUGUAAUCUCCACCAUCAAGGUUACACUGUCGUACGGACCGCGGCAUGAAAUCGUGCCCGUGUAUGCUCAGCCGGAUGCCUCGCAGCGACCAGUGAGGGUGAGCCAGUAUUUCGCUGACGUGUCGGACAUUGCGCGCAUCCACUGCGAGGCUGGCGAGCAGCUGGUUCCGCAGGAUUGCAAUAAGCUCGCCUUCAACGCCAACAGGACCGCGGUCGUCCCUUUUCCUACAGGGCUCAAGGCUUACUGGCACCACGACGAUGGCGGCAUCCGUGACCUCAAGGCCGAGGACUCGCUGACCGCGCCCUUCAGUCUGCACUGCAGCUGCGUCAACGCCGCCGGACUGGAAAUCUCGAGGCUCAGCUUCAACCAGAUGCCGCAAAAUUACACCAUGCGUGGGCGGUCGCCACAUAUCAACUCCCUCGUCAUGGUGCCACGCAUCCAGCUCUUGGACGUCGCCGGCGUGCUCAGGCACGAAAAGAUAGUCAUACCCGUGGCAGACGUCUACAGGGAGGAGCAUGUGCUGCGGGUGUCUCCGGGCACGCUGAACGGCCUGCUCUGCACUCCGCCCAGGGGAGUAGCCAAUGUCAGCAGAGUCCCGCUGCCGGAUGACAUGCGGCCCUUCGUGUCCCCGGUCGAUGCGUCUCUACAAGGUGUGCGGCUGAACACCGACACCGUCAUGCUGCGCCAGGACGAGGACGUCUCGAAGUCCUAUGCCACCUGGAUUCCCUACAACGACGGCACCGAAUUCGUCAACCUCGUCAAGACGGGUGACCAAUAUCAACUGACGAGUGCGCACCUCAGCGAGGUGAUGGUUGCCAAGGGAGGCUUCAGCAUUGGGCACAAGGGCGACCACGACAGCGAUCUGAUCGACAGGUCAGACCUCGCCAUUCGCUACCCGCUGGGAUCAAUCGUGCUCUCCAAACACGGACACAGCGAAAUCACACUCCACUACAUAUGCGGAUCCGUUUCUGUGCCCAGGACAGUCGCUGAGGAGAAUCAAAGUGGCUUGGAAAAACCAGGCGACAAAGAAUCCUCUGUAAAGGAGGUCCGCUCCAUGGAGGUAUGGGAGAUCUCCAAGAUCGUAGUGCCAACCACCGACCCCUACGUCCACGGCUGCGGCUUACCGGCAGAAUCCAACGACCUCUUCAAACCGGAAACAGAACGUCUUAAGGACGACUCGGGCAAAACCAUUGGCUGUGUCGUCAACCUCAAAAGCGCAAAGGUGGCAGGAUUCCACUGCCCCCUUCCCUACAGGACGGAUCCGCCAAACUGCAAGCCGGUAUCAAAAAAUAACUUCCGUGCACUAUUCGAUAUUUUAACGGUCGCAACUGUAAAGGUGUCGCGGAGCAAGAAUUUCUUCCUGUUCAAAAGACCCGGUGGCCCGUUAGCGGCCAUGUUCCGCUUCACACUGGGCGCAGCAACCUACGAGUGCCACUGCGUCACCGAAACCGGCAAACGCAUCUCUACCAUCAGGAUUGUCAACAAAGAAGGACCGACAGAUGCUGUAGAUCAAGGUUGUUGGUGA